AUGCUAGUUACUAUUGAUGGAAAAGAGGAAGAAAUAGGACCCUUAAAUGUAGAAGAGGAUCCUGAUGGCACUUACAUUCAAAAAGAAUCAGGAGUCAUAACCCAGUAUACAUCUGAUGCAGAUGAUGACCUAGAACCAAGAAAUCUGAUCAAAGAGAGAACAUCUUUCAAACUAAAUGCAGGAUUAAGGACAAAUUUUGUUUUGUGUGAUGUCUUGGACAUGGAUGCCUGUCACAUUCUUUUGGGUAGACCUUGGCAAUAUGACAUGAGGGUUAUACAAAAUGGGUAUACUAAUGUGUGUACUUUGAAACAUGAGGGGAUGUUGAAAGACUUAAUACCUUUACCUCCACAUAAAGCUAUACCUCCACCUAAGAAUAGACAUCCUAUAAAUUUGAUCAGUUGGAAAAUUUACAUUAAAGAGAAACAACAAGAGGGACAAGGCUGGAUUUUGUUCACUAAGGAAGUUGGCUUAAAGGAAUAUCUCUUGCCUAAAGAGGUAGAACCACUGAUUCAAGAAUUCAUUGAUGUGUUCCCUGAAGAACUACUUGAGGGACUACCACCCAUAAGGGACAUUGAACACCAACUAGAUUUAAUUCCAGGAGCCUCUCUACCAAACAAACCAGCAUAUAGAACUAACCCUAAGGAAGCUGAAGAGUUACAAAGACAAGUUCGAAAGCUGUUGGAUAGAGGAUAUGUUAGAGAAAGCCUGAGCGCAUGUGUUGUUCCCACCCUUUUAGUACCUAAGAAAGAUGAAACUUGGAGAAUGUGUGUAGAUAGCAGGAGUGUUAACAACAUUACAAUAAAAUACAAGUUUCCAUUACCAAGAAUUGAUGACAUGAUGGAUGAGUUGGCAAGAGCUCAGUGGUUUAGUAAGCUGGAUCUUAGGAGUGGAUACCACCAAAUCAGGAUGAAGGCAGGAGAUGAGUGA